AUGCGGGUGCAGUACGCGCGCGAGCUGUGCCGACUCCAAAACGUGCCCCUGGUCGAGCUCCGGUGCGACUACGCGAAGUACGGCGAGAGCUCGAAAGACGUCCAGCGUAUUUUGCGCAAGGACUUUCAGAUUCCGAAGAGUGCGAUUCAGGUACCCAGCAUGGACGAGAUGUACCUGGACCUGACGGAGGUGGUGCGCGGCGAGAUCAAAAGGCAAAAGGCGUCGCAGGACGAUCUGGAGUGGCAGGUUGUGGCCGACCUGGUCGCGGAGAUCCGGAAGCGCGUGAAAGAAAAGACAAACAUGUCUUGUUCCGCCGGCAUCGGCCCGAAUUUUGCGAUCGCGAAGAUGGGCAGCAACGUGAACAAGCCGAACAACCAGUUCUGUGCGUGUCUGCGGACGGACGUCGCGGCCGCGCUGCGGAAGGCCGGAGCGGGCAAGGGCGCGCAGCUCUUUCACGACCCGAUGGGAAAAGGACGGACCGGGGCGGCGGCGGGCACUGCUGCAACUAAAAAUACGGUGAGUGAUCACGGGCACGACACGGGUCUUGCGAAUCUGUCCAAUGCGGCCAUGCGCGUGCGCUUGCACAAGAAGCUCCGGCGGGCUGGUGGUGCUGGGCCAAAUUACGCACAUCAGCAGGCACGACCAGUAGAGGCGUUUCACAAGACGGACUACUUUUCCGAGAACAGCCUCGGGGCCGAGAAAUCGGCGGCGAGUGCAGUGCUGGCAGAGGAGGAAGACGAGAACGUUGUCAAGCUCGAAGACAAAAAGCUGCUACUAUUGGAGGAGGAGUGCGCGCACGACGGGCCCCUAGUGGGAAUCGAUUACUGGCUACCGACGCUACCUGCCCGCGCGUGGCCGGGCAUCGGGCCGGUUACCGCGAGGCUUUUGGAUCAGUACGGGAUUCAAACCAUUGACAGUCUGCAUAGCCACCGAGGCCUGCUGUGGCGGUUGUUCACACCUGCGCAGGCGCAGCUGAUGGCUCUUGCCGGCUACGGCAUCGAAAAAGUGGUCGAAAAAAAAGUUCAGCAUAAGCAGUCCGUGGGUCAGGAGCGAAGUUUUGGGAGAGAGGUUACUGAUGUGGCCACGGUAAAGCAACGCUUGCAAGAGCUGGCGCUGCGCAUUUCCGAGGAACUCAAGGCCGAGAGGCUGCAAGGGCGGACGCUAACGUUGCGAUUGAAGAAGGCUAAGACGUUUGACUACAAGGCUUGGAGCCAGGCACUGAGGGCCAUCACUGCUGCUUCUGGAGUCGCGCAACAGGGCGGGCCUACUGGUUCUUUGAAGGGCAACUCCAGUGCGCAUUUUUCUAGUGAUUGGAAGACCAUUUACGCAAACAGCGUGGAACUUCUGGAUACUGCUUGGAAAACCUGCCCCCACGGCGUGUGGCUCGCCGGCUUGACGGUGACCAAUUGCAAGCCACUAUCAGAGAUAGACCUCACUAGUUUAUCCUCCGCCGGAGCGCGACCUCUCACGGCGAGCAUCGCCGGGGGCCCGAGUGUGCGGGAAUUUUUCAAAGGCGAGCAGGCAGGCGCUGGCGUCGUCCUCGCUGCUGAUGACGGAGAUAGUUCCAAGGCCGGUCGCGAAGACCAAGAUGGGUUCUCUACCGAUCAAAUAGAUGCCUCCCAGAUGAACAAUCCCGACCUUGCCGACGCUAUCCGCGAGAAUCUUGGACGCGGAAACUCAUCACUGUGCGCGCGACUCUGGAAACUAGACUCAGACGAGGAGGACGAAGUCAGCGGUCGCGGACGUCGUUCUUCUGCGAAAAGCGUGGCAGUAGUGGAUUUGGAUGGAACAUCCGACCACAACGAUAAUGCGCAGCUGGAAAGCGACCACUCGCCGGAUACGAAACGACAAAGAAUUGACGAGGAAACUGAGGAUUUUUUGGGGGAUGAUGUUGCCCUCCGCAACUCGUCUCACAGAGGCAGUCAGGAGAUCCUUUUUGGAGGAGAGAUCGUCGCUGGUUUCGACUGUGACGACUUACUCCUAGAAGAAGAAGACUGAAACUCGAAGAGUUAGGACUUCUGUCUCGUGUAAUUUCAUUUUUCGCAAGAAGUCGGGCUCGUGUAGAAGUGCGCUAGAGGUCGAAACCAAGUUAGUAUGUCAUGCUGAU